UAUAUUCUUCCUUGUUAAUACAGAAACAAGACGUUUGAUCAAAAUUGUCAUUUCAGAAAGUCCUGAUGUGCCAGCAGAGAGAGUCCCUGCUCAUCAUAUGGGUUUAGAACUAUCACACCUCGAUAUGGUGUACACAUCAGAAACCGAAAGCCUUUUAGGGCCACAAAACACAAAAUACAGACACCGGAAGCGGAGCAUCAUCGUGAUAACCUUGAUUACGAUUGUAGUGCUGAUUGGAAUUACUACUGGAUUAGCUUACGGCUACAUCUAUUGGAAAAAGAACAUAAAAAAUGACAAGAAAGUUCAUUUAAAACACGUUUUACCGAGUUCUUUUGGCGUUAUGUUCAAAAUUCAGACUGAAAAUUCCUCUGAUUCUGUGAACGGAAAUGUCAAAGAGAUCAAGUGGGAAAAUGAGCCAAAAACGAUCAGAUACCAUCAGAAAACAGAGCAAAUGAUUUCCAACGAAAGUAUCUUAACGGACGUCAUCAUAAUUAACAACAAAGCCGCAGUUUCGUAUAAGCUUGGAAAUCAGACUUGCUGGAUGGACCCAGGGGAUUUAAAUGUCUUCAAAUGGUUUUCAAUUUUACGACUUAUCAUGGAUUCUAUUCAGUCUCAUUACACCGAAGAACGUUGUCCUGGACGUAUGUGGACAGUACCAUACGAUGAGCAGAGCGUGUAUAUCUGUAUCACCCGCCAGCAAAUAGCGUACAUCAGGUAUGACGACAAAGUCGCAAAAUCGCAAGAGUGGCUGGUCCCAUCAAGAUCGUCCAUCAAGAUGCCCAAAGACACACCUAAAUGUGAGUCGAUGAACCUUGAAAUGCCUUCACUACGCAUGACUCAACAAACUUAUGAACAAAACACUUCUGAUUCCAUCCGAAAGAAAUCGGAGGAUAUACAAAACAUAGGAAUAGUUUAUGAACCUCGGGGACAAUCAGACGUAUUUACAAGAAGCACAAGGCCAGACUGUUUGUUUGUGCACGGGGUAGGUGUGUCGACACCAAAGACAGGAUUCAAAAGUGUCACUAGCCUUGAUUACUGGGGUCACAUUGAGAGAAACACCCCACAAUGUUCAUCACACAGGUUUAUUCAGUUCAACACAGUCGACAAUGGUUGGGACUCUACAUUACUGCACCAGAUGUUUUGUGAGUUUGCCACAGGCUCCAACUUGGGGGGAAGCAUUUCCAACAAGAUCAUAUUUUCACAUUCCAUGGGAAACAACAUCAUCGCGGCCGCGCUCCACCGCAAGGUUUGUACUUUCGAUAAACAAUCAAGUGAAUGGUUCUCCGUGUCUGCGCCUUGGCGUGGAAGCAAGGUGGCAGACAAACUCCAAAACCUUUGUGCUGGUCACUUUGGUCCGAGCCACCACAUAUCCCAUAAUAUAUUGAGAUUGAUAUUAGGACACACAAAGUUCUGCACAAAGGCCGGGAAAAUGUCGCCAGCUUAUAAAACACUGCAACCUGCAUACAAGUCCACGACAGGCGUCUCCUUUGACGAUCUGAUAUCUGUGGCUAGUCUCUAUGUUAACGGGGCACUGUGUGGUACGUCUCCAUGGGGUAUGGGUCUAAACAUCGCCUUCAGUGGGGCUUUGGAUUUCGUCCAGGGUUUCUCACAUCUUGAGACGCCUGAUGACGGCGUCGUGGCACUAAGCAGCUGUGAUGUCCUUGGCAGAAAAUUCCAAAAAUCAUGGAAGGACAAAUUUUACAUGGCAUCUGUUAACCAUCUUGAGAGUUCGACUUCAUAUGGCUGUCCUACGCCUCUCUGUUCAUGGUAUAAACACUUAUAGAGCAAUCGUGGAUUUUGUGGAUUAAACAUUCUUUCUUCAUUCAUUCUUUUGACAAAUAUGUAUGAAUAUGAAUGUAGCUUAAACAUUACCAGUUUAUUUACAAUACGCAAUGGCUAUUUUUUCGCUGCACCGCUAAUAUGACGUCGUUUUUUUUGUUUUUUGUUUUGAUCUUUGAUUCUCCAACUUGGUCUUUGUCAUAAUAAUAGGGGCGCAAUCGGACAAAAUGUCACUUACAAAUGAUGAUAUCGGAUGUAUAUAACAAGUACAUUAAGGAAAUUAUUUAUCACCUGCAAAUAAACGUAGGAAAUAUUUGUUAUCAAUGUUUUAAUAGAAUAUAUUAAUUUUCAACUUAUUAAUGAUAUAUGAAUUGUCAUUGUUCUUAAAGUCGGUUCAUCUUUAUAGUAAAACAAAAAUUCUUGAAUAUUAAUACAUGUGACAAUAUUAAGAUUCUUUUUUUUGAUGAAUGAAUGAUUAACUUUGUAAGAUGGCUUUGUUCUUUAAUGUAUAUGCUUUGUUAUCCAAUAGUUGUAAAAGUUUAACCUGUCGCUGGGUUGGUUGUAGUUCACACCACGAUACUAAAAAUUUCUUUAAGAAGAUGUUGAUUUAAAAUCGUAUUAUCGUUUUCCACAGAAGAAAUGGAUGGCACUGAAAUAAAAAUAUUGUAAAUUGUGUGUAUUGUAAAUUAUAAAAUGGCAAACGGGGCUUUUUGACAACUUUUGAUGUUCCUGUAGUGAUGUAAAUAAAAAGAAUUAUGUUAAUUAUAUUUGUAGCAUCGUGCAAUAAUUCGAUAUUCUUCUCAUAUUCUUUUCAUUAAUGACACGUUGUGUUAUUUCUCAUUAUUCUUAGAUUAUGUAUUACCCAGUAACCACUUUUAAAUAUUUACAAAUGAAAUAUUUUUAACGUGUAAUUUAAAUGAUGUUGGUAAUAAAAUACAAAAACAAUGUAUCAGAUAAUCUUGAUUAUGUUUGCACUUAUUGAUAUCGUGUGUGUCAUGUUUACUAAUAAAAUGCAAUAUUCAAACGCAGCAAUGAUCAAAGCAUCUGUAUCAUAGAUGUUUACGUCUAGGAACAGGUGAAAUAUAAAAAAAAAACUUGUACCCGAAAAUGCAAAAAGCAAUGCAGUAUUGAGAACCUUUAGCUAACAUUGAAAAAAACUGUAUUGACAUGACAUAUAACAUAGACAAUUCUGAUUGAAUAUACAUGUAUACAUUUUGUUUAAGUGUCACAUACACCGGUAGGUACAUGUAUAUUGUUUUGUCGGGAAUUAUUAUCAGAUUAACUGUAUUAGCAUAUGUAUUGCGUCAACCUUGCUUUUAUGUGCAUAAAACAUUUACUUGUAGAAUACAUCGCAUUAAAUGUAUAUAAUGUUUAUUCAUUAUCCAGUUUUACAAUUAUUUACUAUUAUGAAUAAAGGUUUGAUUAAUAAACCAAAUAUAUUUCGUUUUCAAAUAUCCUUAACGCACCCUUUUGUUAGCUGGAUAUUGAAAUGACGCAUAUUUAUAGUUUUACUCUACUAUAUAACAUUUCACUGAUACUCUUUUUUCAAUUAACCAUUUAUUUUGCUAUUCAAUUUCAUUGGUGUAUCUAUGAUCUACUUUGUAUUAUUGUGAUCGAAAGUACAAAAGAAAAUGCGGCGUUGUUUAAAAGGCUAAUUUUUACAGAGAUAGAAAAAGUCCUCUUAAAAUUUAACUAUCUGUUCAUGUUUAUACUUUUAGCUUGUUUAGUAAUAAUAAUGUUAAACAUGUCAUUACGGCGAAGACUAAAUUAUGUGUGUAUCGUUAUGCAUCAAUUGAGAACACUGAGCUGCGUGUUACUACACUUCCGUAUAUACGUGUAUAUGUAUAAACACCAUUAUACAAUUAUCCACCAGUUUGUAGGUGAAUACAUUGGUUUAUCAACCUGAGAAACUGAUAUUUCCCGAGGCUGUCGUUUAAGACUCUUUGUCGCAGCUUGAAAAGCGUUUCGUUUUUAGCUAAUGACUGUAUAUGAUAUCGAUGUCAGAAUGGAUUGUAAAGGACCAAUUAAUCGUCGUAACGAAAACAACGAAUCCUUUGUAACACUUUAGAUGGUCGGGUGGCACAGUGACGACUACGUGGGAUUUCCCUCUACUGUAAGAACCCUGGAGCGCUUCAAUCCAGGUUAACCAGAAAGAUUAGUAUAAGUUGAUAUAACUUGUUUCACAAUUGUUGUAAAAUAAAUCAAGUUUACUUUUUACAUUUGUAAUGUGAACCUUUCUUACUGAUCUCACCCUCGGCAUCAAAUUUAGUAGAAAGUCAUCUAAAUGAGCAGCUGACAGGGUGUCAGUUGGCUCUCUUUUCCCUGUAGAAAGCAUCGGAAUAAUUUUUCUGAGACGUCUGCCUGUCAUCUUGUCGACUAAUUUCAACAGCAACCGCCGAUCUAGAAGCGCGCUGAUUGAUUUUGUUUUAUUUGACGUCGUGAUUUUUUUUUUUUUUUUAUAAUUUUGACGUCAUGGAAUGAGGGAAGUCCCAGGUUACUACAUUAUGUUAAGAACUCGUGUUCUUGGAUUGCUAUAUCAACCCGGGGCGCUGAUUUGUGGUUGACAAAAUGUUUGAGUCAAGUUAGAAUGUUUAGAAUAUUCAUCAGGAAAAGGGGAAAACAAUAUCAUUUUAUAACGUUCUAUACGUACACUUGAGUCAUACAAACGUGUUUGUCGAAUGGAUUGUAUACUGAUACAAUAACAAGGAAAUAUUAACGAAUGGUCAAAAAUAAAUACAGAAAAGUCGUUAUUUCAAAAUUGUUUUUAAGCGAUGCCAUAUCAUAUUCCCUCCAAAGGCCGGCAGCCAUACAAAACGGAGAAUUCAUGUAGAUUUACUUUUAUGUAACACCACUACGUUAAAAGAUUUAUCAAUAAAUUCACACCAUUAAACCUU